GGCGCGAGAUUGGCGAAUGAUUGGUAGGAGGCGCGGGGGGGGGCAUGGAGUGAUCGAGGCCUGCGCUCGCUGCUCGCUCGCACUGCGCGCACUGCGCGGUCCCACCGCUUGCUUUCGCUGCCUGUGCCUCGCCGCCUGCGCUAGCUGUGUGUGUGUCGCGCACUCCCUGUUGACGACUGCGUGGCUAUGCUCACUGCGAGCGAGGGAUCAUCGUGUGUAUGGCGCGCACGGCCUCUCGACGACUUCGUGUCUACUGUUGGCUGUUACUCUCCGUUGUCUGCAGUUCUGUGAGUCCCAGUUGAUCUCCUGAUUGGUCGAAAGCGCGCACAAUCACGGGCUGGGUAUGCGUGUGUCUAAGAGAGCGCAUUGAUCGAUCGAGUGAUUGAUUGAUUGAUUGGCGAUCGCGAGGUGGAUCGACGGUAGAUGAGGGUGGUUGGGCAGAAUCGGCUGCGGGAUUGAUGAGGGGAGGAAGUGUGGAUGGAAUGGGAGGGGGAAGGGGGAAGUCACGGGCGUCUGUUGAUCUCAACUCCUUUUUGGCGUGACCCAACUUUCGCCUCCAUCUCUCUCUCUCUCUCUCUCUCUCUCUCUCUGUUUUCCCCCCUCUUACCCCCCUUCUCCCUGUCUCGCCCUCUCAACGGAGUUUUCUCUUUCUCUCUUUCAUUUCUUAUUUUCCUUCCCAGCGUCGUCAUCGACGAAGCUUUGGCUGCGGGUAUGGCACUUUUGGGAGGUAGGAGUGGACCCGCCUCUACGACGCCAGCGCCGCCAACGUCUGGCUCAUGCCUGCCGUUCAUCGGUCCUCAGCUGCCCCCCCUUGUCCCUUCGAAGACUAAGGAGUUACCUGGAGGACAUGCAGCGGCGGAAGGAGAUGUUUGGGCGCGGGCCGGCGAUGGCAGGAGGUCGUCCUCAGGAAGCGUCUGCGGGGGGGGCGGCGGUGAAGGGGGGGGAGCGAAGGGGGAAGGAGGGACAGACCGAUCUGCGCGAUGCGCCCAAGGAGAAAGGAAUAGGUCGGCAGCUGCGGAAUCGAGUCUUAUACUGACGUGGCAUCGACCACAGCGUGUGCCUUGUGGAUUGAGGAACCUUGGGAACACAUGUUACCUUAACAGCGUCUUGCAAUGCCUCACCUACACUCCUCCGCUUGCGAAUCUGUGUCUGCAGGAGGCACAUUCUCGGACUUGUAAUGCGAUUGAGAAUUGUCCAUUUUGUUUGUUGGAGCAACGGAUCCGCCGAUCUCUCACCUUCUCUGGGUCUAUUGAUGCGCCCAAGUCAAUGGUUAGCAAGUUGCGAACGUAUGUUCAGCAUUUCCGGAUUGGGCGGCAGGAGGAUGCCCAUGAGCUGUUGCGUUAUGUUAUUGAUGCCUGCCAUCGGGUGUGUGUUCGGCUGAUCAAAAUGGGGGCAGCAGGCAAGGCUGCCGUCUCGUCAGGUCUGGCAAAGAGGGCCCCAUGUGCUGAUAGUAAUGGUGGAAGUUGUGUAGGGAGAGCUGAUGGGUCUUGUGGUGAGACAUCACAGCAAUGUGAAGAGAAUGGUGCUGGUAUUGUUCCAAGAGGAGGAACAAAUGAGGCAGGCAGCAACGGAGUAGGCGAGGGGGGUGGAAAAGCAGUUAUGGACGCUGGUGACGACAACGAACCAAACACUGUUGUAAAGGAGAUCUUCGGGGGUGCUCUGCAGAGCAUAGUGAAAUGCAUGGGUUGUCUCUCUGAGUCUGCAAGGACUGAUCUUAUCAUGGAUUUAAGUCUGGACAUCAACCGUACUCAAAGUCUCCAAGAUGCGCUGACUAGGUUCACUCAAUCCGAACUUCUUGACGGUGACAACAAGUACCGCUGUGAAAAGUGCAAGAAAUUAUCAGCGGCUCGCAAACAGAUGUUCAUUAGUGUGGCACCGAAUGUUCUUGUUAUUCAGUUGAAGGUAUAUGCAUCUGUUCGACCAUUACCUCGUUCCUCUAUGAACUCCGGUGUCUAGAUUCUGCACGUAGACAAGCAUGCGUACAUCGACGCCCUGUUCCUAAACUCAAAGGGCGGAUGCCAGACCUGGUUGACCCACCUGGCAACCUCCCACGACGUCGACGUACCAGACUUGAAGGACGUAAUCACAUGGGAGGAACUGACACGGCUGUGGAAGAAGCGGUUCAUCGUCGACGACGUGCCAGCUUUCGCCAUUAAUCGACUGUUCACCAUGUCACAGGGUAACACAGCAACACGGGAUUGGCUCACGGAGUGGCGGAAGAUUGCGGCUGUGCCCAAUCUGAACUUACCAUUCGAGCAUCUACGCCGUGAGUUCUACAACAGGUCCUGUGCUGCAUUGAGCCAGGCUCUUGGUGAUCGCGAGCAGUACUCAACCUUCGCGGAGAUCAUUGACAAAGCGAGGGAGAUCAUCAAGACCAACAGGUCAGCUGCACACGAGAAAUCAACAUCAUGGCAGCCGACCUAUGUGGAGAAGGUACGAACUGGUCCGCGACAGCAGCACUUCGCUGCAGUCCAGCAGGAUAGGGGAGAUAACCCAGCAGCCACUCCAGCAUCAAGUGACGGAGAUCAGGUGGAUGCUGUCCAGCCGCGGAGCACCAACAAGGCCCGCAACAAUGGGAAGGCGAAAUCCGCAUCGCAGGCCGGAAAUGGACAACCAGGACAGUUUCCAUGGGUCAAGUUUGGCUUGACCGAGGCAGAGUACAAGCUCGGGAAACUGAGCUCCGCGGAAGGUGAGGCGACUCCACCUUCUGCUCCGCCAGAUUCGGCCGCCUUGCUAGCGGCCUCCUGCACAUCUGGGGAGGAUGCAAAUGUCGCAAGUCCUCGGUACACUUACGAGGACUAUGCUGUCCACUUGGUUCCACCGCUGGACCAAUCGCUCCACGCGCAACAGUCCACCGCAUGCACGGUUUCAUCACCAUCGGCAACCGAUUCGGCAGCUUCGCCGCAAUCUAUCGCCGGGGAUUCGAUGUCAUGGUCAAGACUUGAAGAGCUCGACCCAUUGACGUUCACGGAUUUCCAGUGGAUGCCCAUUCCCUCGACCGGACGAUUGCCGAAACCGCAUUGCAACGUGCUUAUGGCACAAUUGCGGGACUACUUGCACACUGUAGUACCAGCUCCGUUGAUGGACGCCGGAGGAGAGGUUGUCGACCUUCUCGCGUACAUCGCAAAGAUUGACCGCGAGUUCAAGACGCAACCGUACGACGACAUCGACGCACCAUUGCUAUACAUACGCAUUCAGAUCGGAGAGGCGACCUGCAGUGCCUUGAUCGAUUGCGAAGCAACUUGCAACUACAUCAGCCAGGACUUCAUGACAAUCAGGAACGCCGGCCCUCUCCCACGCAUCGAUGAUCUUCUCGAGCGAUUGGGCGGCGCCCAGUUCUUCUCCAAGCUGGAUCUCAAGUCAGGGUACCACCAACUCGAGAUUUGCAAGGAGGACCGUUACAAGACCGCAUUCAAGACACGGUAUGGGCAUUUCGAAUGGCUGGUUAUGCCAUUUGGCCUUACGAAUGCCCCGAUCACUUUCCAAGCGGCUAUGACAACGGAGUUCCGACACAUGCUGGAUCGAUACGUACUUAUCUAUCUCGACGACAUCCUGGUGUACAGCCGGAGUUUGGAGGAGCAUGUGGAACACCUGCGCAGCGUUUUGGAGCGGCUACGACAGGCCAAGUACAAAGCCAACCGCGACAAGUGUGAAUUCGCGCGGCAGGAGCUGGAGUACUUGGGCCAUUUUGUGAUGCCGCAAGGCAUCCGUCCGCUCGCGGACAAGAUUGAGGCCCUACGAGUAUGGCCCGAGCCCACCAACACCACGAACGUUCGUUCAUUCAUGGGAUUGGCGGGCUACCAUCAGCGAUUCAUCAUCGGAUACUCCAGGAUUGCUGCACCUAUGACGAGGUUACAGUCGCCAAAGGUGCCAUUCGUAUUCGAUGACGACGCACGCCGGUCAUUCCAAGCACUUAAGACGGCCAUGCUCAUGGCACCCGUCCUCAGCAUCUAUUCCCCACCUUGCCGACGAGAGUGACUAUGGACGCUUCCGGCUAUGGCAUUGGGGCAGU